GAAUAUUUUAAGCGUUUAGUUUGAUUACUUUGACAUACAAAUCGGGAAAAACGAUGCGAUUCACUUAGAAACCGCAACACCGUUCUAUGAACGAUGGACAAAGAAAAGCGUAAAUGUGAAGAAGCGAUUAAAUACGUGUCGGUAGACUGCGCAUUCCUGAUAGGGCUGCAGAACAGACCGUGAUUUAAGGCGCACCUCAAAAUGAUGGCCAAAUGGGCUAACACACCAACUUGAGCUGGCUUAUUUUGCGUUUAAAUUUUUUUGGGUGUGUGAAUUCGUCAACGGAUUCUGAACAAUAACACGCAAAGUGUCUGUGGUGGUUGGUUUGGUGGCUAUGAACGGCUUUGGGUUUUUAUUUUUUGCGGCUCAACGCGCAGCCAAAUGAGAGCGUUUGGGCGGCGAUUGUAGGCCCAAACUGGAGUAGAAGGGGGUGCGCGGUGUAUGCGGUAAAUGGUCUACCUGUACUUUUUAAUCGAGAAGGCGAAAGUAAUAGGUUUUCGCCUUUAGGAAUUUACUUUCCGCCGAUUUUGUAGUCUGGGAAAGCGACCUUAUAAGCUACCCCUGCAUAAAACUGGUAAUGUCUCUGCACUCGUAUCGUAAAACGGGUUCUUUGUGCAAUGGUGUAAAACUGAUUGGGCUCUUUCUUAAUCGUACACAACAUGAUUCUUUUAGUUGUGAAGGUGGGUGGAUAGACCACAAACAUAUUUAAGCACCGAUUCUUAUAACUUACUGAUUAAUUACCAAAUGAUGAAAUGUCAUUGAUUUCCUUUUUUUGCUUUAGUUUUAUCUCUUUCAGCCCAUUUUUCUGAAUUGAAAUGACUCAAUCCUACAAAAAAAAAAACAAUAGUAGCCUGCAACUAUUUUUAUUAGAAUGAAUCCGGACAAACAACAAAGGAAGAAGGAAUAGUCAUUUUAACAAAACGCGUAUGCCAUUUUACUGCUCGGCGUGUAGCCUUCAAUUCACGGACUCACUUUCCGCCGCGGCCCACAAGGCCUCCAUCAAACAUAAAAAAAAAAGUUCCGAGUUUGACUUGGAGGCGAAAAAAUACAAACCCGAUGCCGACGUCACCGUUGGUGAUGUUGAGGCGCUAUUGCAAAGACGUGCCGAAGAACUGGGGGUGAAGUCCUGGGGGGAAUUGCGAUAUCGCGAAACCCCACCUUGAUCGAAGUGGGCGUAAAAUAACUCGACAGGUUAUUGGUUGUGUUUUAUUCCUUCUUCAGGAGCGGAUACUGAUUAAUUUUUUUUUUUAGUAAUUAUUGCGGAUAGACAUCUAAAUAAUA